GGCAGAAGCACAAGGAAGCGGAGAUCAAGUGUGAAAGUCCGUUAUGCAGGCAGAAGAAAACUUCAGAAGUUCCCGUUCGAAAAUGAGGUCGGUCCAGACCACUGAGAAGAGACUGCCUGACGGGGCAGAGGGAGACAUGUUCCUGUUGACCGGGAGCAAGGGGCCUCAAAGCAACGGAAGGAGGAAAAUCUACCAGAAAAUCCAUCAGUAUGAGCUGAAGGACAAGAGGAAGGCGGUAAGGGCAUAUAAGGCUGGAGAAGACCGGGCCAUCCUGCUGGGCCUCACUAUGGUCAUCUGUGCCGCCCUGAUGUACUUUAUCCUCGGGGUCACAGUGGUGCGUCCAUACUUAGACAGCGUCUGGACGGAGGAGUCCAUUUGCACCGUUCUCAACUCCACAGUGAUAGCGGAGAUGAACUGCAGCUACAGCUGUGGCAUUGACUGCCGAGGGGUCGCCAGGUACCCCUGCCUGCAGGUGUUCGUCAGGAUCAACGCCUCUGGGAGGAUCGCCCGACUGUCCCAGAACGAGGAUUCACAAGAGCUGAGCUCACAGUGUUUCUACAUGCCAAAGUGCAGCAGGGACCAGACAACGGCGCGGGUGGUGAUCGGGAAUAUCACCGAGCGCCUUAGGGUCCUUCAGCGGCUGCCCUGCUUUCACGACCCCAGCGAGCAGCAGGAAAACGUCCUGCUCACACGGCAGCAUGGAGACGCCAGCGCGCUACAGUCACUCCUCUGGCCCUCCUGCGUGCUGACCAUAGGACUCAUCAUCGUGCUCAUGGUCAAGCUCACGCAGUAUCUGUCUACGCUCUGUGACAAUAUCAGCAGGGACAAGAGGUGAGGGCGCCCUCUAGUGGCAGGGAGGAUCGUCAGGAUCGUCACCUAAAAACUUUUAAAGGAAUCUCCUUAAAUCGUGCUGCUUUAAUCUAUUACCUUCUCCUCCUGUGAAUGAGCAAUCAUCUGCAUGGAUGACCCAGAGGAUCUCACUCAGCGUCCAACAGGGGGCAUCAAAUCACUAUGUCAGCCAAUUCUGAUCUGCACACAUAACAAGCACAAGUCCUGUUUGGAAGCUAAACAGCGAUACGUGGGAUACAAUAAGCAGACUAUGGCCUACAGAAGUUGUUGGACAGUCACGCAAAUCUAUCACAGUUGGGGCAAGAAGGUAAACCGCUUUACCCGAAGAUGUAAGCGCCUGUUCGACAGUUUCUAACACCACGUCUGUCUGGAGUAAGGAUCAGCUAUCACUGUAUGGCUUGGUAGCGUAAGCUAAGUUUCGGGAGAAGAGCAUUUCACGCUGUGCUGUCAAGCUCUUCAAAAGGAGCAUGAAGCUUCGCCAAGCACUCAGAAUGGUGAUGUGCGGUGGUGUCGAAUGAGGACACUGACUGGAGAGACGUGUCUUGAAAGAAACGCGCGAUAUUUGAUGACCCCUCACAGAUUAAUCAUCAUCGGAAAAUGUGGCUUUUCUGGACGCCGAGGCGCAGCUGUAAUGGCGCUGAUGUUCUCUGCGGUGUUCUUCAGAUGCCGUGGCGUUGAGACAUGGAUGGAACGAAAAUGGUAUGAGAAGAGAACAAGCUUCGGUGGCGGGAAGACCGGAAGUACGUGCGCGGCCUGCGAUGAUGAAGAGUAUAACCGUUUAAAUAUUCGUCGCUGUCCGAUGAAAAACACGUAUCUCCGAAAAUCUAAUAUUGCAGGAGCGUGAAAAAAGGCAUUUUCUCAGAAAGUGCUUCACAAAAUAAGCCUAGAACAAAGUAAUAAUACACCCUUGGCAGCACAAAUAGAAUCCGAUCUUUACAGAAUCGUCGGUGAAUGGUUUAAUGUUUUAAAUGUAUCACAUGGAUUACUGUCAGCAUGGCUGAUAUGUAGGUGUCAUCAAGAUGCAAACUACUCCUGCUUUAUAUUCAUAAUUAACAAUGAUGUUAGUUAGCUUGCUAUCUAGCUGUCAGUGUUAAGUUGUUAAAAUCAAUGAUAUAAAGUAAUCCAUACAGAUCAUCUUGAGUACGAGGGGGCAGCACGUGACUCAGCAGGCUAAGCCUGUGAUCGGAUGGUUGCCGGUUCGAGUGCAUUUUUGGCAGAAUCGUCACUUCUCUGGGCCCUUGAACAAGGCCCUUAACCCCCAGCUCCAUGGGCGUCCCUAUGGGUGGCUGCCCAUCGCUGCCCAGCUUACUGUCACCCUCAUAAGUGUCUGUGUGUCACGGAGAGCAAGGUGGAGUAGGUGAAAAGAGAAUUUACACACAAGGGGUCAAUGAAGUGCUAUUAACAUGUAACAAAUGUAAACUAGCACCAACAGAAAUACUAGUUAAGUAGAUGACUUCGUAUAUCAUCAUCAUACUUCAUACAGACAAAACAUCUAUUCGUUGGUCAAUUUCGAUGUUAAAUGCGCAAAUCAGAGGAGAAUCAACAUUUCGUCUAUAUCAAAUUUGUCAAAAAAGUGGACAUACGUGGUUUUCAUCAGAUAGCAACACAGUGUCAAAAUAUAAGGAGGUUGUUAGCUAUAUCGCAUAUAUUGAUGACAUGAUUUGUUUGUCCCUGAGGGACUUUUCUGCAGCAGUCUGGGCACAAAUACCAAGCUUAACAACAAUACAAAAGUCACACAAUAAAUACGCAUAUUAUACCUAUACAACUAUAGACAAUUUUUCAUAUAUAAAUAAUGGCUCAGUGGGCAAAACCUCUGUGCCGGUAAUCAGAGGGCUGCAGAUUUGAGCCUGGACACGUCUGCGGGUCCUUCAGCGAGGCCCUUAACUCCCAGCUCCCUGGGUGCUGCUGUGGGUGGCUGCCAUUCACAGCCAGCUUACUCUCAGCUACGGAGCAAGUUUGGGGAGGCCUAAAGAGAAUUUCCCCACGGCGAUCAAUAAAGUAUCAGUUAUUAUAUUUGUUAUAUACGUCAGCUCUUGAUAGGUACAAUGAAAUACAUGAAAAACUGCAGUGCAAAGUAUAAUUAUAAUCUUUUUAAAUACAUAAAGAUGGUCUAAUGCUGGAGGAGAAUGAAUCUAAUGCAGAUGCUGGAGGAGAAAAUAUAAACGAGUGUGUCAGGUAUCAACUACAUUACUAAAAUGCCAUUGUAUCAUUUUAUAAAAUUUUUACUUUUUGUAUAUUUUUUUCUUCAUCCGCUAAGUUCAGCCGGUAGAAAAUAAAACCAGUUUGUGGUGUUUGCAUA